AUGUUUCUCAAUCGUAUCGCCCGAUUCUACCGGUCAUGUCUGUUUCAGAUAAUUAUCGUUGGGCUGGUCGCGUUUUGCGAGCCUGGAAUCUGGACUGCCUUGAAUAAUCUGGGAGCGGGAGGGAACGCGAGCCCUUUUUUAAACAAUGCAGCAAAUGCACUGACGUAUGGGCUGAUGUCGGUGGGCUGCUUUCUUGCUGGAGGUGUGAGCAAUAAGAUCACCGCGAAAUGGACAUUGUUCAUCGGCGCCGCGUUCUAUACACCAUACGCGGCUGGCCUCUACUGCCACAAUCGCUACGGAAACGAGUGGUUUCUUCUGCUUGGCGCCUCUCUCUGUGGAAUUGGCGCAUCCUUACUGUGGGCGAGCGAGGCCGCCAUUGCGGUUGGAUACCCAGAGGAGGAUAAAAGGGGGCGCUACGUUGCCAUCUGGAUGGGUAUCCGGCAAAUGGGGCCGCUCGUUGGCGGUGCGAUAUCGCUUGCACUCAAUGUAAACACAGCACAUGUGGGCAAAGUCACCUAUACCACCUACCUUGGGCUGGUGGCUAUCUCGUCCCUGGGUGCCCCGUUCGCGCUGCUCCUUUCCCAACCGCAAGAGGUUUUCCGAAGUGAUGGCACCAAGAUUCCGUACAUGAAGAAGACAAGCCUGGCCAUUGAGGCCCGUGCCAUUUGGAAACAGCUUCGGAAUAAAUAUAUGCUGUUGCUCAUCCCCGUAUUCCUUGCAGGCCAGUUUGGAGCGACAUAUCAAGGAAACUACCUAACCUCCCAUCUGACCACAGGAACCAUCCUGGACCUUAAGUACUUCUCGCGCGAAACUCGAUCCAAGGCCGUCUACAUCAUCGUCCUGGUCUUCGUGACCGCGUCGUGGACUUGGAAUGCAGUGAUGCAAACGAAACUCUCCCGCAUGGCUGAGCCACCCGCUUUCGACCUAGGUGACGGCCCGUUCUUCAACUCAGCAUUCACAGUCUAUAUGUUCUUCCGGUUCUUCUACGAGGUGCUCCAAACAUACAUCUACUGGCUGAUGGCUGAGAUCAAGGGUGCCCAGGCCGACGGCGAUGUUGCCAGAACAACUGGUAUUCUCAGAUCUUGGGAGUCGAUUGGCAGCACGAUUGCCUAUGCCGUCGGCGCAACCCACUGGCCCAACCUGAACCAGAUGAUCCUCGGCUUCGCACUGUGGGGGUUCACUAUCCCGUUCACCCUUCUAGCGGUCUUUGGAAGCUGGAAUCAAUCUCAAAUCGCGGAGGCGGACGGGGAAUCGAGCGGAGAUGACUUUGAGACGCAGAGGAGACGAAAUACGCGUCAUUGGCUCCAGAGGAUAAUCUUAUGGGGCAUCCGCUUAGUCAAGGCUUUACCCCGCGGCGGGAAUGGAUCGGGCAGUACUCAACAAGGCAGAAUUGAAAUGGCAGAAUUCCCUCCAUUCAGUCUCCAGCCGCUCGCCCAGGAGGUCGUCGAACUCCUCAAGGCAAGGAGAGAGACCGUCUCAGUUGCCGAGACGGCGGCCGGGGGCCUGAUAUCGGCAUGUCUUCUCUCUGUUCCAGGGGCAUCGGCCGUCUAUAAAGGCGGGCUGACUGUAUGAUACUCAACCGACCCUCUAAUCGCUAGUUGACGCGUCCAUACUAAACCUGCGGAGGUCUACACCCUGGAAUCACGCCUUGCAUUUGCCGGCUGGACGCAAGCAGACCGAGACAAGUACACGGGUCCCACGACUGAGAUAGUCGGCCAGAUGGCUGGCCAUACUCGUCGCACUUUGGAAUCCACUUAUGCAGUAAGCGAGAGCGGCACGGCUGGACCGACGGGAGGGACUACGAGGAACCGGACUCCUGGCUAUGUGGCGGUGGCCGUGUCGACGGCGAAUGGGGACCAGACGCGGGAGGUUGAGACGGGGAGCAGUGAUCGGGCGCAGAACAUGGUGGCGUUCGCAAGAGAGUCGUUGCAGUUGCUGAAGGAGGUGAUAUCACAGUCUGUAACGCCUGUCCUCUAGGAUUCAUAGUGUCCAAGUAGAUAAUAGGUAGAUUACGCAAUCAUACGUUCCCCUAUUGACCUUA